CUGGGAAAAAGAAAUGUCAACGGGCUGUCUGGAAUGUCAUUGGAAUGCACUACCGGAAAUCAUUGGAAUGCACUAACGGAAUUCAUUGGAAUGAACUACCGGAAAUACACGGUGAUAGACACCGAGUAGAUAGUAACCGAGUAGAAAUUUUCAAGUGUUUUCACAAAGAACUUUGUACCAAAGAAGCAAGAACGUAAAUCUAAUUAAAAAGAAUUAUUUUUCUUUUAUUGGAAAAACUUUUUCACUCGAGAAAUCUUCAAUAACAAUAAACCGGAAAACACACCUGUUGGUAGUUUUUGACAAAUUAUUUCCGUAACUGAACAUACUACGCAGUUGUUUACUCUUGUUCUAUCUACGCCCAACCACCCCACCAACAUUUUACAAAACAGCUGAUCCAAAAAAUUACAAUUAUUUAUCGGUGCAAAAAUUGCUUUUAAGUGCAACACCAUUCAUAAAUCAUCAAAAAUAUACAUAAUUUGCUGAACAUUGCAUUAAAAUGGGUUCUCUGUGUUCAUCGUGUUUUGGAAGCAAUGGUGAAUCAUCUAAUUUGAUGCCUUCACCGGAAACACGUCGUCGCCAGCAACUUGAAGCAGCGGAGCGGCGUCGUGAAGAAAAUGAGCGGAGAGGUAUUAAAAACCCUGAUAGUGUUCGACGCCAACAACAGCGUACAGAGGAAAUGGAAC